AUGGAGCGAGUACAGGUGUCCCAUUUACCGAUCUAUGCUAUUCCCUUUUUCGUUGCAUGCCCUCCAUCUUUAGUGAAAGCCGUGACGCUGAAGAUGAAAGGGAAGGUCUCGAUGGAUAGUUUAGAUGCAAAAGUUUGGAAGAAAAAUGGAGGCCCCUUAGAAGAUAUUGUACAAACAGAAAAUUUCAGUGAGCCUAUGAAUGAUUCUAGAUGGUUGCAAGAAAGCAUGAGUACAGAAGUUACCCACGAAGCUCUACCAGUCGACCAGGGCUUUAGCACGGCCCAUGAUGAAAAGGCCCUAUCAACUUCUAGGCCAUAUGAAUACUUGUCUGGCGAGGUGUUCCUUCCAAUAAAUGUUACAAAUACACAUUGGUACCUUGCUGUUAUAAACGCCGACAAACGUGAGGUUCAGCGAGGUGGAUUGCGAAAACAGAUAGAUUUUGUAUUGGAGGAUACAUGCCCGAAUGAGCACAAAUGUCUAGAUGUUGAGAUUGAUACCUGGCCGAUUAGGGAGAUUUUCCGCGGCAAAUUAUUACAAACAGAUGGUUUUUCAUGCGGUUUAUUCUUAAUAAACUUUAUGGAGUAUUGGACUGGGAACGAUUUGUCAGACAAGUUCAAUCAGGAUGAUAUGAAAGAAUUUAGAUUGAAGCUUGCAGCGAUCUUGUUAUCGUCAGAGUUAAACAAACGAAAGGGUGCUCCAUAUCUUGAUAGGGAUGAAAAUAUUGGAAGCCCAAGCGACUGUGCCAUAAUAGAGAAUUCAAAGAUGGCUGAUCAAGUGUCCACGAAAAAAAGAAAAUAUUAUGAGGAGACCGAAUGCUUAGUGGUUCAAACGGGCACUCCUCAACAUAUACAAACUCACCACAAGUCCAUGCCAACCAAGACCCUGAUGAGUUUUGAGCAUUUGAGGCCAUGA